GGUUGGGCUCGGGGCCGCCCCAAUGGGAUUCGGUGCCCGGUGGAGGCUGCGCCCAGUCCCGGCGCCGCGCUCGGCCGCGGAGGAGGCUGCCCGGCCCGGGCGGCUGCGGCGCGGGGCCCGCCGAGGGGAGGCCGAGGCUGCCAGGCUGGCGCCCGGAGGGGCCAUGGUGGCGGGCGCCCGCGGGGGAUGCGUUCUGCUGGGGCUGGUCAGGCGCGGCCUGCUGGCCUUGCUGCUCGCCGUGUCCGCCCCGCUCCGACUGCGGGCCGAGGACCUGGGUGAUGGCUGUGGACACAUAGUGACCUAUCAGGACAGUGGCACAAUGACAUCUAAGAAUUAUCCUGGCACUUACCCCAAUCACACUUUUUGUGAAAAAACAAUUACAGUACCGAAAGGGAAGAGAUUGAUUCUCAGAUUGGGUGAUUUGGAUAUUGAAUCGCAGUCCUGUGCUUCUGACUACCUUCUCUUCACCAGCUCUUCCAAUCAGUAUGGUCCCUACUGUGGAAGUAUGACUGUUCCCAAGGAACUCUUGCUGAACGCAAGUGAAGUGACUGUUCGUUUUGAGAGUGGAUCCCACAUUUCUGGGCGGGGUUUUUUGCUGACCUAUGCCAGCAGUGACCAUCCAGAUUUGAUUACAUGUUUGGAACGAGCUAACCAUUAUUUGAAGACAGAAUACAGCAAAUUCUGCCCAGCUGGUUGUAGAGAUAUAUCAGGAGAUGUUUCUGGGAAUGUGGUGGAUGGAUAUAGAGAUACCUCUUUGUUGUGCAAAGCUGCCAUCCAUGCAGGAAUAAUCGCAGAUGAACUGGGCGGUCAGAUCAGUGUGCUCCAGAGUAAGGGGAUUAGUCGGUAUGAAGGAAUCCUGGCCAAUGGUGUGCUCUCAAUGGAUGGUUCCUUGUCAGACAAGCGAUUCCUAUUUACCUCCAAUGGUUGCAGCAGAUCGCUGAAUUCGGAACCUGACAGACAGAUCAGAGCUUCUUCCUCUUGGCAGGGAGUCAAUGAGAUCGAACGACAAGUUUAUUGGUCUCCUGACCAAGCUCGACUUCAGGAUGCAGGCCCAUCCUGGGAUUCAGGGAAUAGCAGCAAGAACCACAAACAGCAAGAAUGGCUAGAGAUAGAUUUGGGAGAGAAAAAGAAAAUAACAGGAAUAAGGACCACAGGAUCCACACAGUCAAAUUUCAACUUUUAUGUCAAGAGUUUUGUGAUAAAUUUCAAAAAUAACAACUCCAAGUGGAGGACCUAUAAAGGAAUUGUGAAUAAUGAAGAAAAGGUGUUUCAGGGCAACUCUAAUUUCCGGGACCCAGUGCGGAACAAUUUUAUCCCUCCCAUCAUUGCCAGAUAUGUGCGAAUUGUUCCCCAGACAUGGCACCAGAGGAUAGCCUUGAAAGUAGAGCUCAUCGGCUGCCAGAUUGCACAAGGCAAUGAUUCACUGGUGUGGCGCAAAACAAGUAAAAAUGCUAUUGGUUCAACUAAAAAAGAAGAUGAAACCAUCACAAAACCCAUCCCCUUUGAAGACAUGUCCACAGGAAUAAAUGUGGCGACUCUUGUUAUACCACUGGUGCUCCUUGUCCUGCUGAUUGCUGGAAUGGGGAUCUUUGCGCUCCUUAGGAAGCGGAAGAAGAAAGGAAAUCCUUAUGGAUCAGCAAAGGCUCAGAAAGCAGACUGCUGGAAGCAGAUUAAAUAUCCUUUUGUGAGACAUCAGUCAGCUGAGUUUACCAUCAGCUAUGAUAAUGAAAAGGAGAUGACGCAAAAGUUUGAUCUCAUCACAAGUGACAUGGCAGAUUACCAGCAACCUCUCAUGAUUGGCACUGGGACAGUCACCAGGAAGGGUUCGACCUUUCGACCUUUGGACACUGAGGCAGAGGAGACAGGGCCAAACACAGAGGUCCGCAGCCACUAUGACUGUCCACACCCUUCCAGCCACCACCAGUACGCCCUGCCCCUGACCAACCCCGAGCCCGAGUAUGCCACGCCCAUCGUGGAGCGCCACUUGGCCAGGGCGCACACCUUCUCUGCGCAGAGCGGCUACCGAGUUCCUGGUUGUGUGCAGGCGCACAAACAUUCACUCUCUUCGGGCAGCUUCUUCCCAGCAGCAGGUGCCACAGCCACCAGCGGGGAUUAUCAAAUGCCCCACACCCCAUCUACCAAGGACCCAGGCUACGAUAAACCUCAAGGCAGCCUAACCUCUGAGCACGCAGACCCAGACUAUCAGAAGCCUCAGAUGAAUUUAGCCCCACAUGAUGCUUACUUAGCCCCCCGAGACUGCCUCAGACCCCUCAACCAGACAGCUAUGACUGCUCUUUUGUAAACAUAAUGUGAAAGAAACCUGCUGUGGUACUGAGCACUGGGCUGUUUGUGGCACUGGAAAAAGAGGGUGGGGGUGGGAAAGGGGAGGUGAGAGACAGAGAGAGAUUAAGUUUAGGAUCCUGUGGUGGAAUCCUGGAGACCACCUCUCAUACUGUUUACAAAAGUCUGCAGGUGAUUUGUGCUGGCUCUUAGGGCAAAGUCUGGCUUUGUUGGACUAGAAACAUGAAAACUUUCAGAUGCCAUUUUCAUUUCUCUGACUGUGAUACUGAGCUGCUUUGGUGUAAAAUGUGCAAUCUGUACAGAGUUGUAUUUAACAAGAAUUAUGGUAACUUAAGUUUGCUUUAUCAAUUUUAGUUCUGCACAGAGGUUAAGAAGGAGAAUGCAGCUGUAGCAAAAAAAAAAAAACUUUAUAGUAUGUGUCCAUUUUAAAUGUAUUUAAUCUGCUACUGUGUUGGCUGCAGGUCUGUUUAAACUGUGGAUCAUUUCCUUUCCUUUGAUAACUAGAACUAAAAAAAAAAAAAAAAAAACAUUGUAACAUUCUUUUCCUAGAAGAAAUGAAAUUACUUGAAGCGUGAAAAGCACACCAGGGUGGUUGUUAGCAAUUAUGAGUCUAGUUUUUUUGUUUUUUUUUUUUAAGCAGAGUGGCCACCUCAGCAUCUGCCUGUUCCCUAGAUUCCACUUAAGAUGAGAAUCUGAUCUACUUGGUCUAGGCUUUUGAGAGAGUCCGCAUAUCAAAUAUUAAAAAGACUCAGUCUGUGUUUUAAAAUCUUCAAGACAUACAAUUAAUUUCCCCCCUCUCAUAUUAACUAACUAGUGAUUUAUAUGACUACACUUUACUAGGAGUGUACAUAAACACCAUUCCCACCACCAAAAGACUGUGACCCAUCCCUCCCACCCACUCCCACACCCCACUGGCCCAGGAAGCUGCAUGUCUACCCCUCACCACAGGGUUUUUACUUUGGUGCCCUACUUUCAAUUUAGUCAGAUCCUGCUUUUAGUUUCCCUUUCAGAUCUUCUUUCUCGACUUCUGUUGAGUGGGAUCAUCCCAUACUCAUCUUUAUCUUUCUGACUUAGCUCACUUAACUAGGGAAAGAGAGAGGCAGACUGGGAGUAUGGACCAACCAGUCAACGUCCAUGUUCAGCGGGGAAGCAAUUACAGAAGCCAGACCUUCUACCUUCUGCAACCCACAAGGACCCUGGGUCUAUGCUCCCAGAGGGAUAGAUGGGAAAGCUUUCAGGGGAGGGGGAUGGGAUAUGGAGAUUGGGUGGUGGGAAUUGUGUGGAAUUGUACCCCUUCUACCCUAUGGUUUUCUUAAUUUAUCCUUUCUUAAAUAAAAAAAUAAAAAAAUAAAGAUGAGAAUCUGCAGUCGCCAUUCAGGACAGGAGCAGAGCAGGAGGUCUCUGUGGCUUGCUGGGAACCAUAUUGCCUUCAGCCUAAGGGAGCUGGCUCUCUGAGGAACUAAACUUCUUCACUCUUCUCUCCCUCUUCACUUCAGCCCUGGCAGAUACUGCAUAGCUUUCACAUGCAAAUCCACCUUUUCAAAAUGUCUGUGAAGCCAAAUGCUGAGACUUAGACAGCAACCCAAACUGCUUUCCCCACAGAUUAAAUAAAGGGGGCGCGGCAAUGAUAGUCUGAAUUACUGUGUCAGAUGCUUUUGUACCUCUGAUUAAAAAUAAUGCUGAGGUCAGAUGCCCAUACUUUUCAUGACUUUCUUCAAAAACAGCACAUUGUGUGCUGAAACACAAAAAUGUUAUUUGGAGUAUUUUCUUACAAAUGGGACUGAGGUCAAAUCUACAUAGAGCUUUUCUACUGAGAUGGUUGGGAACCGAACUGAUUUUGUAAGAAACAACAUUCACCCUUAAGAGUAUGUGUUUAGAAUUCCUGAUUAGCCCAGACCUCAGCUGUACCUCAUGUCCAGUGGUUUUGAUGUUUGCUUUGAGUUCAUCGUGGAGGAUUUAACCUCUUUUGCCAAAGAGGGAAGUGUGUGUGUGUGUGUGUGUGUGUGUGUGUGUGUGUGUGUGUGUGUA